CCUGUCGUGUUUGUUUAGUGCUUGAAGUGGCACGCGUCAGGCGCGCGCAUCGCACCGGCGCUCUGGGAGGAGCCAAGGUGUAUCCACGCGACAGGUGGGCGUGGCCAGGCGGCCGUCCAGAGGCGUUGAAAAGCGUCGCGGUCGCGGGGCGACCACUCAGAACUGCUUUGUUUUUGUUUACAAGCGAGCGCGGAGCUCCCCCUCUUCAUCGCCACCACCAUCAUCAUCAUCACCAUGGAAGUUCAGCUGACUCAGCAGCAGCUCGCGCCGCCCGCCUGCUUCUUCGCGUCGGCGGCGGCGGCGCAGAGCGUCCCGCUGAGCCCCAGCACCCGCAGCCCGGCCGGCAAGCCCUCCUCGAAGGCGCCCAAGCGUCCGCGCUCGUCGUCGCCCGAGCUGCUGCGCUGCAAGCGGCGUCUCAACUUCGCCGGCUUCGGCUACACGCUCCCGCCGCAGCAGCCUCACGCCGUGGCGCGGAGGAACGAGCGCGAGCGCAACCGCGUCAAGCUGGUCAACAACGGCUUCGCCACGCUGCGGGAGCACGUGCCCAACGGCGCCGCCAACAAGAAGAUGAGCAAAGUGGAGACGCUGCGCUCCGCCGUCGAGUACAUCCGGGCCCUGCAGCAGCUCCUCGACGAGCACGACGCCGUCAGCGCCGCCUUCCAGUCCGGCGUGCUGUCGCCCGGCAUGGCGCAGGGCUACGCCGCCGACAGGAGCUCCAUGGCCGGCUCCCCCGUGUCCUCCUACUCGUCGGACGAAGCCUCCUACGACCCCCUCAGUCCCGAGGAGCAGGAACUCCUGGACUUCACCAACUGGUUCUGAGCACCUUCCUCACGGAGUGAGGAUCAGGCAGUCCAGACCCGGGUGGUCCUGGAGGAGGCUGCACGUGCGCCGGUGAGGCUCGGCCCCACAAAGCACAGACAAAACUCUGGAGGGAGAACUCGUGGGAGAAGCGGGAUGAGCGCCUCAAAGAAAGGAUUUAUGAGACUUUUGGGGGACCGGGACACACAAAACAGGCAGCGCGUUAUUUAAAAGCGUAGAAGAAGAAUCGACUAUGCUCAAUCCAAUCACAGCAGCCCCAAAAUGCUUCCAAGUUGCGGAUUUAUCCCACAAGAUUCCAUAGAAGGCUUUUUUUUCUUGGAAAUAUAUCAGCUAUUUUUGUAUGUAAAGAGAUUUAUAGAGGCUUUUGUACACAUCUUUCUUUUGUAUAUAAAUAUAUAUAUGUUGCGUGUGCCUAAAUACUGUAUCCAUACGCAUGUAGACGCUCCAACUCAGCACCGAUACGUGUCUUAUUUAAUAGAGAAUGUACAUGAACAUCGUCCGUGAUCAAAACUUAUGCAGCUAGUGUCCAAACAAAGCGUUGGAGAAAAAUGAAGCAGAUUUUCUACACGAUCCAGUCCGACAAUAAAACAUUUGCUACUCAACGUACUGCCUGGUUCUUGUUAUUUGGGAAGAAGACCAAAACUUUUCCCGGGAAGGGGGGAAGCAUCUGCACAAGGAAGGACACAUUUGUCUGCACAAUUCCCAAAAAAAAAGCCAAAGCACAAAAACAUCAGGACAAGUUGAGCCUAGCGCCACUUUCCCAACUUUUUGUCCUGGUCUUCUU